AACUCCUGCAGCCGACUUGGGAGUUUGCAAACUCGCGUGGUAGGGAAGCGCGCGCUGUUGUUUAAGGCGGUGUGUUGCUGGAGCGCGUGGUUCGUGCACAGAGGCCAGAAGUGCUCGAAAACCGGGCUUUACUGUGGAACUGAGACCGUGUGUGAGCCAUGGUGGGGAGAUCCCGGCGGCGCGGAGCGGCCAGGUGGGCAGCUGUUCGAGCCAAGGCAGGUAGCACCCCUGCGGACGAAACUGAAGACGAUGUGGGACUACCACCCUCCCCCGGGGACUCCAGCUACUACCAAGAUCAGGUAGAUGAUUUCCACGAGGCACGAUCCCGAGCCGUCUUGGCUAAGGGUUGGAGCGAAGUAGAGAGUGGGAAUGAGGAGGAUGGAGAUGAGGAGGAGGAGGUACUACCUUUAGAUAUUGACGAUGAGGACGAUGAAGAUGGAGGCAGUGAGGAGGAGGACGAGGAGGAGGAUGGUGGGAGCUCGGUGCAGAGUGAGGCUGAGGACUCUGUAGAUCCCAGUUUGUCGUGGGGUCAGAGGAAAAAACUUUACUAUGACACGGACUAUGGUUCCAAGGCCCGAGGCCGGCAAAGUCAACAAGAAGUAGAGGAAGAAGAAAGAGAGGAGGAGGAGGAGGCACAAGUCAUUCAGCGGCGCUUAGCCCAAGCCCUGCAAGAGGAUGAUUUUGGGGUCGCUUGGGUGGAGGCCUUUGCAAAACCGGUGCCUCAGGUAGAUGAGGCUGAGACGCGGGUCGUGAAGGAUUUGGCCAAAGUAUCGGUGAAAGAGAAGUUAAAGAUGUUGCGGAAGGAAUCACCAGAGCUCUUGGAGCUGAUAGACGAUCUGAAAGUUAAAUUAACAGUAGUGAAAGAUGAGCUGGAGCCAUUGUUACAGUUGGUGGAACGAGGGAUCAUUCCACCUGGAAAAGGAAGCCAAUACUUGUGGACCAAGUAUAAUCUCUACUUGAACUAUUGCUCCAACAUCAGUUUUUACUUGAUCCUGAAAGCUCGGAGAGUGCCUGCACAUGGACAUCCUGUCAUAGAAAGGCUUGUUACCUACCGAAAUUUGAUCAACGAGCUGUCUGUUGUGGAUCAGAAGCUGUCCUCCGAAAUUCGUCAUCUACUCACACUUAAGGAUGGUGCUGUAAAGGAAAAACUGAAUCCAAAAGUAAAACCUACCAAAACCAAGCCAAAGGUCAUUUCAGAGACUUCAGCUGCUGCCUCUGCUAUGACAGAUCCUUCUGAUGAUUCCGAUUUGGAUAAAGAAGCUGCACUGAAAUACUAUAAAGAACUAGAAGAUGGGCAGAAGUUGAAGAGAAAGAAAGAAAAUAGCCCUGAAGAACAGGCUCUUGAAGAUCAAAAUACAAAGAGAGCCAUUACAUAUCAGAUUGCUAAAAACAGAGGACUUACUCCUAGAAGAAAGAAGAUUGAUCGCAAUCCCAGAGUGAAACACAGGGAGAAGUUUAGAAGAGCCAAAAUUCGAAGAAGAGGCCAGGUUCGUGAAGUUCGUAGAGAAGAGCAACGUUACAGUGGUGAAUUAUCUGGCAUUCGUGCAGGAGUUAAAAAGAGCAUUAAGCUUAAGUAAAGGUUUUUCCUAGUUUAUGGGUUUUUGGCAAUAAAUUUAGGUCAAUGAAUUUUUAUUAUUAACCAAAGUGAUUGUAUUAAUACAUAAUACCCAACCUUAAAGUUAAUACAUUUCCUACCAAUAGGGA